UGAAAAUUUGCGUAUAAAGAGACGAGUGUGUGCCUGGUAUGCAAUACAUACGCUGCUUUGCGUUGCAUGCAAAUACAUACGCACCAAGUUAUGAUAAGAUCGUCGAUGGCGAAGCAAGGUGUACUUGCUCCCAUGCUUGCAGUGGCGCUGGUCGCCAUUGUUGCCCUCGCAGCAUUUCCAGCAGUGCACUCCAUCGGCGUCUGCAACGGCGUGAUCGCGGACAACCUGCCGGCACCGAGCGACGUCGUGAAGCUCUACCAAUCCAAGGGCAUCAAAGCCAUGCGGAUCUACGCGCCGGAGAGCAACGUCCUCAAGGCGCUCAGCGGCACGGGCAUCGGCCUGCUCAUGGACGUCGGCAACGGCGCGCUAUCCGGCCUCGCCAACGACCCCUCCGCCGCGCCCGCCUGGGUCAAGGCCAACAUCCAGCCCUACCAGGGCGUGUCCUUCCGCUACAUCGCCGUCGGCAACGAGGUCAUGGACAGCGCCGGCCAGAAGACCAUCCUCCCAGCCAUGAAGAACAUGCAAAAGGCGCUCGUGGACGCCGGCCUUAGUGGCGGCGUCAAGGUGUCCACGUCGGUGCGGUUCGACGUGGUCACCGACACCUUCCCGCCCUCCAACGGCGUGUUCGCAGACCUUGACUACAUGGGGCCCAUCCUGGAUUUCCUGGCGAGCACCGGCGCGCCGCUGCUGGCCAACGUGUACCCCUACUUCGCCUACAAAGGCGACCCGCAGAACAUCAAGCUCAACUACGCCACCUUCGCGCCGGGCACCACCGUGAACGACGACGGCAACGGCCUGACCUACACGAACCUCUUCGACGCCAUGGUCGACUCCAUCUAUGCCGCGCUGGAGGACGCCAACAAGCCGGGGGUGAAGCUCGUCGUGUCCGAGAGCGGGUGGCCGUCGGCCAGCGGGUUCGGGGCGACGGCGCAGAACGCGCAGGCGUACAACCAGGGAUUGAUCAACCACGUCGGGAAUGGCACGCCCAAAAGGCCCGGGCCGUUGGAGACGUAUAUUUUCGCCAUGUUCAACGAGAACCAGAAGGACGGGGAGGAGACGGAGAAGAACUUUGGGCUGUUCAAGCCGGACAAGUCGCCGGCCUACUCCAUUACUUUCUGAAUUCGACAAACGGAUAUUUCGUGGUCGAAUAAGCUGCGUCGUGAUGCAAACAGCAUGCAUUUCAGUCAACCACUCGUGUGUGCGUUAUGUUCUAUUUUUUUCUUAUAUCUCUGAUAAAACUGGUAAAAAAGUUAAAGAAGGAUAAAAUUCCAAUUUUUUUUAAUUACUAGUACCAUA